UGGAGGAGGCGUUUCAAGUGCAAGUCGCUCGCUUUUGGGCCAUGCGACACGGCUGCUGCGCCACGAUCCAAUAGCGCCUGGACCCUGGUUACCGAAGCAUCAUCGACUUUGAGGCCCGGACAGAGUGAAGAACAUCACUUUUUCCCAGUUCACACCCAACCAUGGCGAAUACUAUAACAAAGCAAUACACCCGCCUCCUCGCUCUUUGGCCCAAAGACGCAUUGCGCCCAAAUUUACCCUUCACACGCGCAAUCGAGCAUCAUGGAAAACCAUUCGGCGUCCAACCCAUAACACCCACUCCCGAAGAAGGCGCAAAGCCCCAAGCGCCCGCGUCUACAACACCGGCCGCAUCUUCACCGCCCGCAAAUCCCAAGCUCGAACAAGCCCAAGUAAACGCAUUAUUCUCGUUACUAGAGAACCGAUAUAGCACGAAGUAUGCGCUAUCACCGGGUGUACUCAAGCCGACAUCUGCGCCGGAGCACUACACUAGAUUGAUGGAGGAAAUCGAGCGGGCGCCUAAGAAGACAUGGUGGGAGGCCAAGCUGGAUCAGUGGAAGAUGAAGAUUCGAUGGUCUUGAGGGACGAAUUUACGACUUUGUAUUAUACUGUGAAGAAUGUAAAAUAAGGAUAACAUGUCAUCAGCACACUACCAUGUCCUCACUCGCUUCGUCCCGAUACGGCA